AUGGUUAAGGAGCGAGCUGACUGGGAGAAAUAUCGUGAGCGCCUUGUGAGGCAGGUGAAGGAGUUUGAGAAGGCUAAUGCUAAAUUUGAUGAGGAGAAAGCCAAGUUCGAAGCUGAUAGGAAAUCAGAGGAAUGGGGCCGCGAGGGCCUUAGGGGCAAGCUUCGUGCUGCUGAAGACCUCUUAGCGAAGGAGCAUGCUGAGUGGAAGAAGAUUUGUGUGAAAGACAACGAUCGCAUGUAUGCGGCUCGUGCCAAGAUUACUGAGCUUGAGGGUAAUGUUGCUGAGCUGACCGGGAAGGUCGAAGAUAUGCAGGCCGUGAAGGAGCAUGUUGAGGCUGAGCUGAAAGCAGAAUUGUCUGGUAAGGACAAGGACCUGGCGGCCAAGGAGGUCGAGAUUGGAGAGUUGAAGCGUCGCCUGCAAGAGCAGGUUGACAGAAAUGAGUCCUUGGAGAUCGACCUCGAAGCCGAGAAGGGUAAAGCUGCCUCUGCUGAGGAGGCCAAGCAAAAGGCUGAGGAGAUGGCUAACUCUAUCCUGAAUGUUGGAGAACUGGAUGGAGCUGUUGCUGCUCUUAUAGAUGCCUCACGUGUGGUAGGUCACCAUGGAGGUUAUCUAGAGUGUGCGCAGCAUGUUGAAGAAGCAAUAGGACAAGAGUUUGAUACUAGUCAUUGCUCGAUGACCAAUCAGGCGGAUGCGGAGUUGGCUCGCGCUGAAAAGGCUUAUGAUCAUCUAUCGUUGCCUGUGAUGGAUUUGGUUGCAGAGGCACUAAAGCAUGAUGAUUGGUGCCAACGGCUGAAAGCCAUCCUCAACCCACCAGAAACUGUUUUAUUAUCCGAUGAGGAGGAACCAGCGGGCAACGAUGAUGAUGGUGAUGGCGAUGGUGAUGACAAUGGUGAUGGCAAUGAAUAG